ACAAACAUACUCCUCUCUGGCAAUAACUUUUCAAAGAUUGCCCUCUUCUUCCGGUAUAUGAAUAUCGGCGUAGUGUCUCAAAAAUCAUUCUGACUAAUGCAGAGCCAUUACUUCAUUGACUUUAUAAAAGAGUUUUGGGAGAAGAAGAGAGCUGCCAUCAUUGACCGCUUGCGUGCAAAGGACAGUGUUGUUGCCCUAGCUGAUGGAAGGAUGGACUCCCCAGGACACACUGCCCAGUACUGCACUUAUACCACUAUGGAAAAUGAGUCCAAGGACAUCAUCAGUGUUGUCACUGUGGACAAGAGACAAACCAACCGUAACAGUGUGAUCAUGGAGAAGCAUGCCUUCAUACAGACGUUUGACAGCCUUUUGGAGAACCUGAACAUCACCGAGAUUGUCACUGAUGCACACAUGCAGAUUGCAGCACUGAUGGAUCCUAAGAAAGGGAGAUACAAAGACAAAGGUGUGCUACAUUCAUUGGGCAUAUGGCAUGCUGCCAAAAAUUUGACCAAGAAACUUCAUGCGGCUGGGAUUCAAAAGGGUUAUUCCAUCAUACUUGUGUGGCUGAGGGACAUCGUCAACCAGUUUUGGUAUAUUUGCCAGAAAGCCGAACAUCGUGAUAUGUUCAAUGAUAUGUGGGUGGGGGUGCUUUAUCAUGUCACAGGGAAGCAUGAAUGGACCCGUGGCAAAUGUGACCAUGGACCACUUGAUGAGGCGACCCGUGAUAAAGAGCUCAUGGUGCCAGGCUCUGCACCACAUGAAGCUCUUCAACGAGUCAUGUUCAACAGACGCUGGUUGAAGGAUGUCGCGAAGUAUCUGACCUUUCGGUCAACUUCGGAACUUAAGAGUUUCCAGAAUUGCAUUCUCAUGUAUGCUGGAAAAAGGUUUGCCUUCUCUCCUCCUGUCUAUGAAGCAAGGUGCCUUCUCGCUGCAUUGGACUACAACCACCACAACCAUCGACCAGAUUACAUCGGCCGGAAUAACGAGAAAUCAUACAAGAGACUGUACAGCAAGAAGUCACACAAUUACCGUGUCCAAGCGGUAAAGGUUGCAAAGGACUAUGGCUACAUCCCUGAGCUGCAGCGUUGCAUCCUAAGAAAGCGUAUGGAUGGAGGGGCGCUCCCAAGAAAAGCUAAACACCGGCCAGGUGACCCAAGGCAUCUUGGAAAUCUUGCAGGAGUUGUGCCCCCCCCCAACGGCAGAACUGGUCCAGACACAGAUUCGCAGAGGACAGGCCUCAGCUACAUGAAGCAAGAAAAGAGAGAAGACAAGACCUGCUUAUUUUCCAAACAUUUUUAUUAGGAACAUGUAAAAGACAAAAACAAAAUAAAACUAUGUACAUAAUGCAAAUUUGAAAAAUACUCCCUGAAAACUUUAUAAAUAUAUAUAUAUAUUGCACAUAAAUUGUUUUUAUUUUUGGAUAAAAGUGGAGUCUGUUAUUUUGAGGUCACAGAUAAAUAGAACAGUUGGAAAUUUCACUCUGACACCCUAAAUGGAGCUUCUUUGUAGCCUGUAUAGUUUCCAAAGGGGUCAGGGAAUUUUGCAUGGAUGCGAAGUACACAGCAGCUUGGGAUCGGCCUCCAGUUCCCUCUUCCCAGACGCCCAUGUUGCCAGAUUGUGAACUGGCGGUAGGCAGCAAACCGAAACUCUUUGUUGUCGGCUCCCACAUCUUGGCUGUCCUCCAGAGCAAAGAUGUCGUUCCACGUCAUCCUCACCAGACGCAGCAUACCCUCAUCCAGCCAGUACAUCUCCAGGUGGGCACUCCUGCUCAGGCACUGGUCCGGAGCCUGCCGACAGCACAGGUUUUCCAUUUGGGUCGGCAUGUGUCGGCAGUUCAGGCAGGUGCACCACACAGGCUGCCCUCUAUCUGGAAGAUGUGGUCCUGGUGUCUGCUCCCGGAACUCCAGGAUGUCCAGCAUCACCCCUGGUAGGCGGGUCACCACUGACUGUAGAAUGACAUCUUUCUCCUCCUGGCUCAGAUGUUGUAAAACCGUCUAGAAAUUGAUCAAGGAAAUAUGUUUACAUGGCUAGAUUCAUAUUUCAAGUCUGUGUCCUCUUUUACUCAUUCAUUCAUAUAACAAGAUUUUUUUAACCAAAUAGCUAUAACCUGCAUCUCAGCUAUACUGGCAGCUCUAAGCUGUUCGAGCCGGACUCUGUCCUCCCUGAGAGCUUCGGUGCGCUGCCUGCCCUGGCGCCCUGGUGCUCUGGAAGGAGCUCUGGACCGCGACCUGCUGCCUUCACCCCUUGAGCGUGUCCUUCCCCGACCUUCAGUGUGACCUCUUCCUUUCCCCUUUCCUCUCCCACCUUUGCCUUUACUCCCUGGUCUCAAACUUUCCCAUGACU